GCUUAAAGGUUUGGAGGGGGUCUGUUAAGGGGAACGGACAGCUUCCGGCCAGAGGUCACGGGUGGAGGAGGAAGCUGUGGCUGCCGGCGGUGUGGCACGCGGGCCACUCAGCGCCCGGUUACUGCUGUGGGGCGUUCAGGAUGGGUUUCAUACGUAGUGCCGCAUCGAGUAGUGCCUUCGUCACUCCAGCGAUCUACCCUCAAUCCGUCUCUCUCACCGGCCCACGGAUAGUGUGAUGGGAGCUGAGUUCCUGGAGUGACUCAAGCUGAGCUGAAUGACCGUGUGGAGAGAAAUCAAAUAGGAUUGGAUUGUCCUUUCUCUCCAGUGUCACAGGUUGUCCACAUUUGUACAAGUUCCCGCACAGCUCUCACUGUUACUGCAAAUGUGUGUCCAGUCUGCCUACCUUUCUCCAUCUACCACCUUCACCAACCUUCUAGCCACCGUCAUCUCCAGCCUGGACUGAUGUAGUUCUCCCCACGUCCCCUCUACUAUCUGUUCUCCACGAAGCAGUCAGUGAUCGUUUUGCACUAUGGGGCAAAGCAAGCUUCGAGGAGGGAACCAGACAGCCCUGUUAGUUGUGGCCAGGCCUCAUUCCCUGGAAAUGGCAAACAAGGGGAACAAGAAGCGUCGGCAGUUCUCUCUGGAGGAGAAAAUCAAAGUUGUGGAAGCUGUAGACUCAGGAAACUGAGGAAAGGUGACAGUGGCAAAAGAAUUUGGUAUCACCUCUCUACUGUCUACAUUCUUAAAGGAUCGCACCAAAUUUGAAGAAAAGGUGUGGGAGGCAUCCGUGGGACCCCAGCGGAAAAGGAUGAGGAAUGCUCUUUAUGAUGACAUUGAUAAGGCUGUUUUUGCUUGGUUUCAAGAAAUCCAUGCCAAAAACAUUCUUGUGACUGGUUCUAUCAUUUAGAAAAAAGCACCAAACUUGGCCAACUUGCUUGGCUAUGACAGUUUUCAAGCAAAUGUACGCUGGCUGAACAGAUUUAGAGAUCGCCAUGGAAUUGCUUUGAAAGCAAGCUAUACGGAAGAUAGUGACAGGUUAAUGAAUGGUCUAGGAAUAGAUAAGGUUAAUGAGUGGUAUGCAGGGGAAAUUAUAAAACUGAUUGCCGACUACAACCCAGAUGAUAUCUUUAAUGCUGAUGAGACAGGAGUGUUUUUCCAGCUGCUGCCCCAGCACACGCUUGCUGCUGAAGGAGACCAUUGUAGAGGGGGCAAGAAAGCAAAGCAGUAGUUGACAGCACUCUUUUGUUGCAAUGCCUCGGGGACUGAAAAAAGGAGACCAUUGAUUGUUGGUAGGCCAGCCAGCCCACGCUGCCUCGAGAACAUCCAUUCCCUCCCUUGCGAUUACCAAGCCAACUAGUGGGCUUGGAUGACAAGAGAUCUGUUUAAUGAGUGAGUGAUGCAAGUGGAUGCCAGGAUGAAGAGGGCGGAAUGCCGGGUCCUCUUGCUCAUCGACAACUGCUCUGCUCAUAACAUGCUUCCACGCUUGGAAAGGAUUCAGGUUGGAUAUCUGCCCUCAAACUGUACUGCUGUCCUGCAGCCACUGAAUCUUGGCACAAUUCACACCAUGAAAGUUCUGUACGGGAGCCACCUUCUAAAACAGAUCCUCCUCAAGCUCAGCAGCAGUGAGAGGCAAGAAAAGGUGGACAUCAAGCAGGUCAUUGACAUGAUUGCUGCAGCGUGGUCAGUCACACCAUCCACAGUGGGGAAAUGUUGGCAGAAGGCAGGCAUCAUCCCAAUGGAAUUUGCAGAAUAUGACACAGAAUCAGCAGCCAGUGAACCAGACAUUGCCAUUGAAAAGUUGUGGCACACAGUGGCUAUUGCCACCCGUGUCCCAAAUGAAGUAAAUUUCCAGGGCUUUGUUACUGCAGAUGAUGAUCUCAUUAUCUCCCAGGACACAGACAUCCAGGGCACGGUGGCUGGUGAAAAUACCAGGGAAGCAGGAAGUGAAGAUGAAGGGGAAGUAUCUUUACCAGAGCAACCAAGAGUCACCAUCACAGAAGCCAUAUCAAGUGUACAGAAACAGUUCCUUUCCUCUUGUGUAGGUGUUCCUGAUGCCAUUUUUGGACAAUUAAAUGGCAUAGAUGCAUAUUUAAUGGAAAGAGUGACACAAACCCUUUUUGAUUCCAAAAUUACAGAUUUCCUCCAAACAAAAUAAUGCAGGAAUUUAUUUCAGAAGAUACAGUUUACAAGAAUAAAGUUUUCUUUAUAGGCUGUUGAACCAAUUUAAAGCCAUAUUAUUAUGACAAUAUUCCAGUACUCUGAAAUAGCCAGGAAACUUCCUUGAAUGGGAUUUGGAAAUGGAAUUUGACGUGUGUUGUCUUUUAUUUCCUUUUUCUUUUCUAUUUUUUCCUGUCUCUGGUCCUUGAUUCAAGA